GCUAGUGUAAAUUGUACUUAUCUAGCGAUCAAAAAGUAUAUUUUAAAAUUUAACUCAAUUAUUUAGCGUAUAAAUGCUUUGAGCUAAUUUGAAUUGAGAACUUCAAUUGAACGUAACGAAUUUUUCGUUUGCAAAUGGUAAAUACAUCUUGCGCAUUAAGAGGUGAUAAACAUUCUUUGUUCAGUGGUUGGUGCAUCUAUGCAUACUGAAGUUUCUGAUUAUGCUCCAAUUACAAAAUGUCCGUGAAUUUAUGAGAUGAGCGUUCGUAUUUUUGUAAAGGUUAAAGUUGGUUAAUUGAUUAUUGGGGCUACCGACAAUUUGACAAUUACGCCGAAUUCUCAUGGAUCUGGGAGGCAGACGGAAAAGUUCAGACAAAAGUUUUGACACAGAUGAUGAUUCUGAUUAUGCUAUGAUAAAACGCAUUAAAAUGGAACCCGAAGGAAUGCUGUCACAAGAAGAUGACAUAAUGGCUCAGCUGCAACAAGAGAGUUCCGAUCUAGAAGUAGAGCCAAGUUUUGCAUUGGAAGGUACCACGAAUGGAGAGGAUUGCAACGAGGGUGUUCUAAUGCAACAUAUGGAUAUACGAGAGCCUCUGUCUACCUUAAGAAAUUUAUUAGAGCAAAGACUUGGAGUUGAAUUAACAGAUUAUUCCUUUUGGCUACAAGAUGCACAGAUGUUAGAAAGUCACAAAAAUUUGGUCGACCAGUGUGUACAAGGAGAGGGCCUGGUUCAAGUGAAUGUUCAAAUAAAAGCAACACAAAGACGUAUUAAUAUAGUGGAUGUUCUAAAACCUGCAGAAGAUUACAUAGAAGUGGCAGAAAACACAUCUACGCAAACUAAUGAAGACAAUAAACGAAAUGUUAUAAGGUGGAUGGUUGAUCCACAGUAUAAAAAGGAACAGGAAAGGUUAAAAAUUCCAGCUGAUCCUAAGGAAUGGACACAGACCCAUGUAAAACAUUGGCUUCAAUGGGCUGUUAGACAAUUCAACUUGGCGUCUGUAAGAUUAGCCGACUGGAACAUCACCGGUCAACAAUUGUGUAAUCUUACCCUUGAAGAAUUUCAGGCUAAAGUGCCUCUUGAUCCAGGAGAGGUGUUUUGGACUCAUUUAGAAUUACUUCGAAAAUGUAAAUUCGUUGCCGUUGUACAAAAAGAUCCUCCAGCAUCACCUACUGAGAACAACGUAGACAAGACCAACAAAGUUCGAAAUCAAAAAGCUACGAAAACAAGACCAGUAGUGAAUCAACAAGCACGAGUAGUCAGCGUUCCUCUCGAAAACAUUGACACCACACCGAUCACGAUAGCGACUUCCAGCCGUACGGUUAACAGCGGUCAAAUACAAUUGUGGCAAUUUUUGUUAGACUUGUUAACCGACCGUGAGCACAGAGGUGCUAUUCAGUGGGUGGGAGCAGAGGGAGAAUUCAAAUUGAACCAACCGGAGGCGGUUGCGCAACUUUGGGGAGCCCGUAAAAACAAACCGUCGAUGAAUUACGAAAAAUUGAGUCGCGCGUUGCGUUAUUAUUACGACGGAGAUAUGAUCUCCAAGGUACAUGGAAAACGAUUUGUUUAUAAAUUCGUAUGUGAUCUUAAACAGGUUCUGGGUUAUUCGGCCGCUGAAUUGAGUCGACUGGUGGAAGAGGGUAGAACGUACUUUUGAUGUAAUGCCAUUCUUUUAUCGUUAUAACGAUCUUUGUCAUACUUCCGAAGUAUUUUUCAUUACCAUUUAUCGGAUACAUAACAGAGAAACAGAGUAUCUAUUAUUGUUGAGACAAUCUAAUGUACAUCGAAAUACAGAAACUAAUACAAAAAAUGUCUAGUUAAAAAAACAUUAUGUAAAUACAUUGUCGUUUUAAAGGUAGCAUUGUACACCCCAGAACGGUAUACGCGGGCUCUAAUUGGUCGGGGUUUUUUGUUACUAUCUGCUUAACGAAACCUCGGACAUUUUCGUUAAGGAAAGUGUUGUUUCAAAUCACCUCCCGAACCAUCCUUUUUCAAGGUGUUGCAACAUUUUUGGGACACCUUUAUAGUCAAAGGGUGUGCCCAAAGUUUCAACUGUGUUUGCUUUAUUACCCUGUAUAUUUAUGUUCAAUAAUCCAUCUACAUAUUAUUAUGUCUAUGGUGAGUUUCUAACCUAAACGUAUCCUUAAAGCCUUAACUGUCCAAUUGGCCGCUGUACUUUAAAUGUUGAUUAAAUCGAAGCGAUGAUCUUGAACAGGAAUUUAUUUUCCAUUAAACGAUUACUACAAAAUGUCAGAUGUGAAAAUUACCGCACGCUUCGCAAUAAAUUAACAAAGCGAAGUUCACUUUAUGGAUAAGUAAAAUUAUUUAAAGGCAUUUCCAUUGCUCGUACGCGAGGAAUAAAGCAGCAUACGAGGGUUCUGGCAAAACAACGGUC